AUGUCUGCUGAUUACUGGUCGUCCUCACAAAGAACCAAAUGGCAGCUAACUCGUGAAGGUCUCAUGGAGAGCAGAAGGAAAUUGGUGCUACUAGAGAAGAAGAUGGUCCAGGGUGGCUUGAUCAAAGAGAACCCACAAGUUGUCUACGACGUGAACAUGAGGAUAUAUCUUCACACGUUGGUUGUGAAGCUUGGAAGACGACUUAACGUUCGUCAAAUUGCAUUGGCAUCUGCAGAAGUGUACCUUUUCAGGUUCCUUACUAGGGUGCUGUUGAAGGAAGUAAACGCUUACUUGCUUGUUACAACGUGUUUAUACGUGGCUUGCAAGAUAGAAGAGUGCCCACAGCAUCUACGAUUGAUUGUUCUGGAAGCUCGAAACCUCUGGCCAGAGUAUAUUCCCCAUGAUGUGACGAAAUUGGCUGAAUUCGAGUUCUACCUUAUAGAAGAGAUGGAACUGUACCUUCUCCUUCAUCAUCCAUAUAAGCUGCUUCUACAAAUACGAGACUUUCUACGGGAAAACAGUGGACAUUUCGGUUUUAGUCUUACUGACGAUGAACUACAACAUCUGUGGUCUCUCAUCAACGAUAGCUACAUUACAGACUUACACCUCCUAUUCCCACCCCAUGUGAUUGCCAUGGCGGCUAUUUACAUCACGGUGGUUCUAAAGAAAAACCUUAAUGCAAUUAGAAGCGCCGGCGGGCCUGUGGGCAGCCAGUCGAAUGACGAAAAAUCAUCCGCCAUGCAUCUAGAUGAUCUCAUGACACUCAAUGCUGGGGGCGAAGUGGACAUUCAAAGCACUUCUGGCGGGAACUUACCAGAUCUGAGGCUAGAUGAAGAUACUGUGAAGAUAGACCGCUUCAUGAACUUUUUCAACUACUCGCACGUCAACCUAGACGAGAUGGUAGAGGCAAUGCAAGAGAUGAUCAACCUAUACAUCUCGUGGGAUCGCUACAACGAAAAUCAGGUCAGAAAAGCACUCCAACAAAUGCUACUUAGUCGCUAA